AUGCUUUAUUAUUAUGGUGUCAGUUGAAGACUUCAGGUUAUCGGAAUGUGGAUGUACAAAACUUUACAACUAGUUGGCGUGAUGGUUUGGCUUUUAAUGCUCUUAUUCACAGGCAUCGUCCUGAUUUAGUUAAUUUUGAUGAAUUAUCAGUGAAUACACCAUUGCAGAAUUUGGAAUCAGCAUUUUUAGUUGCUGAAAAAAAGUUAGGAAUAGCAAGGCUUUUUGAUCCAGAAGAUAUCUAUGUUCAACAGCCAGAUGAAAAAUCAAUUGUCACCUAUGUAGUUACAUACUACCAUUACUUCUCUAAACUAAAAUCAGAAACUGUUCAUGCACGUCGUGUCGAAAAGUUUAUAACUUACUGGCGAGAUCUUCAAAAUUGUUUUAAUUGGUAUGAACAGCGUACAUCAGAUCUUUUAGGAUGGAUAGCCAAGACGGUGUUAUGGCUAAAUGAUCGCAAUUUUCCAAAUCAGGUUGAAGAAAUUCAACAGGUAAUGAUUGCAUUCAAGGAGUAUCGUCUACAUGAAAAAUCAAACAAAUUCAAUGAGAAAGGUGAACUAGAAGCUCAUUUUCUUUUAACGCGAACAAAAAUGCGAACCUUAGGACUUAGAAAUUAUAUCCCAUCUGCAGAAGCACAAAUAUCUCAAAUUAACCGUGCUUGGAUUGCAUUGGAGAAAGCAGAGCAUGCACGUGAGGUAGCUUUAAGAGAAGAACUUGCUAAACAGAAUAGAUUAUUGCAUUUAUUUUCACGUUUUGAGAAGAAAGCCAACCUACGAAAAGCUUGGAUUAAUGAUAAUUACAAACUAGUUGAAGUUUGUGAUGAUGACAGAAACUUCACAAUGACAGAAGCUUCACUAAAAAAGUAUGAAGCGUUAAAAGCUGAUGUUUGUGCAUAUUCUGAUCGAAUACAAACAAUACAACAGAUAGCUGAUGAACUUAUUCGAAACAAUUUUUUUAAACAAGAUUCAAUUUCAAAAAUUCAAAAAGAAAUCCAACAUAUGUGGCAUAGACUUUUAACUGUAAUGAAUGAAAGAUAUAAAAAGCUAGAAAAUCGAAAGAAUUUAUUUAAAAAAUUCUCAGAAGCUGAUUACUUGAUUGAAUCUAUACAACUACUAAUAUCUAAAUUAUAUAACAAUGAGUUUGAUGAUAAUUUAACAAUUAUUGAAGAACGUUUAAAACAAUAUGAAAUAAUUGAAACAGAUAUUCGUUCAAUACAUCGAAAUAUAACAGUGCUUUUGAACUUGAAUCACAGAUUGAAUACUCUCCUGAAUUGUUUGGUUUUAGAACAAGUAAUGUGAUAGUAGAGAUAAAAAAACAGAAUGAUAUAUUAAAAAGUGCUUAUUCAAAACUAGUACAAUUAGCUGAAUCAAAAAGACAAUCCAUAGAAAUUUUAAGAAUUUAUCAUAUUUUAAUUAAUGAAUUAGAUGAACAAUUAUCUUCAAUACAAGAACGAACAUCCUAUCUAAAGAAAAGUGAAACAUUUAUUGACAAUGGGAAUGUGAGUGUUUUAUUUCGACGUCAUAAAGUUGCUGAAUAUGAAUUGGAAACACAGAGAUUAAGCAUAACUCAGUUAUUUGAAAGAGUAUCUAACUUAAUUGAAGAAGAAUGUCCAAAUUAUGAAAAUUUAAAAGAAAAAGUUACAAAAGUUGAAAAAGCUUGGGAGUAUCUUAUAAAUUUGAUGGCUAAACGUAAGACUAAUUUAUUGUUCAUGAAAGAUUUUCAAGCUUUUAUGUUAAGCUGUGAUGAUGCGGAUGCAUGGAUAUCUGAGAAGUAUGAACUUAGCUCAGGUGUCAUGCGUAUUGCUACACAAACUGACAGUAUUUAUACAAUAGAAAGACUAACAAAACAACACGAAGAAACUAUCACUAGUUUAAAUAACUUUCAAACCUCUAUAGAGCAGUUAAAACUCCAAGGUGAAGAACUUUUAGGAUUUAUUGACUGUUUGAUAAGUGAGGUCGAAAAAGAAGCUGAGGCAACCAACCAUGCUUUGGAAGGGAGUGUUAAAUCUAAGGAGGGGAUCAGAAAUACAAUAAAAAACAGGAUCAAAAAUCUAUCAGACUCAUUCUCGGUUCUUACUAAAUGUAUUCGUCAGACUCAAUUGCUUCUUUUAGAUGCUGUAUCACUUCAUCAGUUGUUUCAGAUGGCUUCAUCAACAUAUAAUUGGAUUACAGAAAAGGAGAUUUACAUGCAACUUUUAAUAAUGGAUGACCUACAAGAAGAUGAGUUGUCUAGGAUAAUGGAAGGCGAUAUCAAGUCGAAUCAAGGCUUGAUCCAAAGGUUGGAAAUCGUUAAGAAUAGAUUUUCCGAUUUGGAGGAACAGAUGAGUACAGCAGCUGAGCAAGUAUCUAAUAUAAACAAUAUGAUUACAAGCUUUCUAAAUGAACCUAAAAGAGACGAUCAUUCAUUAGUUAAUGAAGAAAUGACAAUUGAAAAAGUUAUCAAUCUUCAAGAUCAUUUGAAUUCUGCUUGGAAUAGAAUUGCUGAUACUGUAGAAUCUCAUCGAGAUCGAAUAACUGAAGAAUCAUUUCAUAUUAAUUUAUUUAUUGAAUGUAAGUAUACAUCUGAGUGGAUUACAGAAAAGGAGGCAGUUUUACUUUCAACCGAUUCAAUUGAUACUAACAGUUUAUCUGGCUUAGUAGAAUUAAGAAGGCGUUUAUACAACUUACAAGGAGAUUUAAAAGCUAUUGAAGCACGCGUUCAAAAUAUUGGUGAACGUAUUGGAGAAUUACUUGGCAUAAGGGAACACGAAGAAGUAUAUGAUGAAGAUACAAGGUUAAAGUCUAGACGCCGAGCGGAUUACUUAAUGAAGGAACAUAUGAGAUUGACACAACAGUGGCUUAAUUUGAAAGAAGCACUUAAAAACAGAGUCAAUCGAAUCUCAACUGAAGGUCAAGUGAGUCGUUUUUUGGAGAAAUUGGAUUCAUUUCAAGAUUGGAUGAGAAAACUGAAGACUGAUGUGUUUAUUCGCGAAUUUCCUAAUGAUCUGCAAGAGACUGAAAAUCGUCUAACAAUGAUUGAACAGAGUGUACAAGAAAUCAAAGACUAUGAAAAUGAAGCUAAUCAACUGUUUGAAACAGGCAAACAGAUACUUAAAGGUUACUCUGACACAUCACAUGUUAUGCUAGGACAACGGUUAGCCGGACUUGAAGAUGACUGGAAAUCAAUUCAAAAUACAAUGAUUGACUGUACUACACGACUCCAAGAACGUUAUGCAUUGCAGUGCUUUUUGGCUGAAUCUGCAUUGCUUGAAGUAACUCUGGAUCAACAGUCCACAUUCCUAGAUAGAGAGGAUGCAUUGAUCAAUCUGGAUACUGUUCGUGAUGUACAAAAGCAGUACGAAACUUUCCAUUUCUCUUUAUUGACAUGUAAAGAUCGAGUGGAUGCAGCUUUGGAGUUAGGCAGAAAAGUAGCAGAAAGAAAUCCUUCAAAUCGUGAACGCGCAUUAGCUAAAUGUGAAUUAUUUCAGCAAAAGUAUGAGGCAAAUCGAAUUAAAACAGAUGAAAGAAUUGCAUAUUUACAAGAAAAGGCACAACUUUAUGAGUUCUAUGAAGAGUUGGAAGACUUUGAAGACUGGAUUUUAGACAAAACUAAUAGCCUAGUUGAAAUUCAGCUGGCAAUCAAACAAAGAUCUCAUUUAUCCUUUAGUCGUAUUCAGGCGUUUGAAGAAGAAAUAGAAGCAAAUCGAAAUCGUGGAGACCAUUUUAUUGAGGUUGGUCAGAAACUCAUUGAAGUCUAUCCACACCUAGAAAACGAUGUGAAAAGUCAUCUAGAGCGCUUACACACACGUUGGGAAGAAUUAGUCGAACUAGUUAGACACAUUUUGAAUGUGAUUAGUCAAGAUAACAGAGAAAAGUUGAUGAAAGAGGCAAUUCAGAAAACUGCUAUGUGGCUUAAAGUAACAAAUGCACACUUACAGAAAGCAGAUGAGAAAUCGCCAGUUGAAGUGCUUGAUAUGAUCACAUUACAAACACAAAUAAAGGAUCACAACAAAAGAGUCAAAGAAUAUAUGGAUCAAAAAAGUGUAAUAAGUGUUUUAAAGCAUCAAGCCAGUGCACCUGAUUUUAAUCAAAGGGAAGAAUUUUCCGCCAUUAUCAAUGACCUUGAACGUAAAUUGUCAGCAUUAAAUGAACCUCUGAAUCAAAAACUUUUGAAUCUUAAACUUUUACAAACAUCAACUCAAGGUAUAUUGGAUUUAACUUUAGAAGGUACAUGGGUUAGAGAGAAAUUAUUACAAAUUGAAAAUUUAUCUAAAACUCUUGAGCUUGAUCCACAAAAAGCUUAUCAAAUCGGCCAACGACUAAUGGUUAUACAUCGUUUGGAAAGACAGUUGAAAAGUCACAUUCUGGAAGCGAACAAUCGUAGACCUCGAGUCAAAGCUUUGUGUAAGAAUAUUGAAAAGGAAUACUGUGUAGAGGAAUCAAAUGUUUCAGUUGCUAAACAACAACAAUUUACACGUCUUAUACAAGAGCUCCUAGACUCAUGGAAUAAAUUGGAUCGGAAUUUAACAUGCCUACUUGAGCGUAUUACAAUGUCUGAAUCAGUGUAUCAAUUUCUACUUGAUGCUGGUGAACUGGAAUCCUGGAUAUCAGAAGAAGACUUUUACUUACAUGGAGUGGAAACACCAAAAACUGAACAAAGUGCUUUGAAUAAUCUAAAGAAACAUCAGACAAGGUCACAGACAAUUGAACAGUGGCAUGAACGUGUUAAAAAUCACAGUGAACAAGGCAGAAUAUUAUGUCAACAAUUACAAAUUCAGCAAACAAAAUAUCCUGACACAAAUAUUAUACAGGAAUCACAAUUUUAUUUGAAAUUAAUUCCAACCUAUUUGAAUCGGAUUAGUCAUUCCUAUAAAAGCCUACAGGGUAUUGUUAAUGAUGUGACCACAAUGUUGGAAGCUAACGCUAUUAGAUAUGGUUUAACUCGUGAAGCUGAUGAAUUAGAGGCAUGGAUCAAUAAACGUGUUAUACAGGCAACUAAUAAUGAUCUUGGAAAUGAUUUGGAUCAUUGUUGUAAUCUAAGAGAUAAAUUUUUAAUAUUCUCCAAAGAGACUACUCAAAUCGGUUCACGACUCGUUGCAUCUUUAUCAGCUAAAUGUGUACAUCUUAUUACUUUGGGGAGAUCAGAUUCUGUUGUAAUAGCAUCAAUUAAAGAUAAUAUCAAUGAAAUAUGGGCUGAACUAUUGGAAUUAAUUGAGACAAGAAGACAAUUGUUAAAAGCUGCACUGGAUAUGCAUCGAUUUGUCAAUGAUUGUAGAGAUUUUGAGGAGAGGAUAUGUUAUCGCUUAGAAUAUCUACCAGAAGCACCAUCAGAUUCACUGGCGUCGGGCCGUAAACAAGGUCUACCAGGAUUACAACGUAGUCAUAAUUUACUGGAGCAAGAACUUGCAUGUUUCAGUGAUCAACUGAAACAGUUGGAUUUAACGGCUAAACGAUUAUUACCUCGUUAUGCUGGGCUACAAGAGGAACAAUUACAAGCGCAUCAUGAACGUGUUCAAAUGAUAUGGAAACGUUUAUUAAAAGUUAUUGAAAUAAGACGUGAAUUGUUGAAAGAAGCCAGUCGAUUACAUGAUUUUCUGGUCAGUGCCAGGGAAUUAAUUUCGUGGUUAGAGUAUGCUAAAGACCUUAUGGAACAUAAAGAAAGACCAAGGGAUAUCUCUGGCGUUGAAUACUUAAUUGAAGAUCAUAAACAGUUACGCGUCGAAUUGGAAUCACGUAAUCAGCGUAUUGAAGACUGUUUAAAUCUCGGAAGAGUAUUACUAACUGAAUUCACUACUGAAGAAGCAAAACCAUCAGUAGUAACAUCUGGUAAACCAAGUUUAAUAGCUACACGAACUGAAGUACGUGAACGAUGUGUACAACUUGCAACUGGUCGUAUUCUACUCAAUGAAUUAUGGCGUGAACGCUGGGAUCGGUUACAUCUACUCCUUGAAAUACGUCAAUUUGCACGCGAUGCAAAUAGUGCAGAAAUUUGGCUAAUUGGUAAAGAAUUACAAUUGGAAUCAGCUCGUCGUCAACUUGGUGAAACGUUAGCUGAAACGUUAUCUUUACUCGGUGCACAUUAUGCAUUUCAACAGACACUGGCCACAGCAGAUGAACGAUUUAACGCUUUGAAAAGAUUAACUACACUUGAAAUUAGAGCAAUGAAAUGGGAUCCACAAGAAAUUACUAUGAGAGAAAAUGAAAAACGAACCAAAGUACGAAAUGCUGUUAAAGAAUUUCUUCCCACUUACGUUGAACAACCUGGAACACUGAAAAAAUCAAACACUACCUUACCUUUAAAUGCAAUUGCAGGUCCAUCAACAAGAAUACCUCUUGCAUCUGCUGCUUAUAUCCAACAGCCGCCUAGUAAAGCAGUUAGAAAACAGGCGGAAGCAGAUGAAAUACCAAUUGUUCCUACCAGAGCUAAUGGCCAGAUUUCGUCAACACGUAGUACUACUCUACUGGCUGAAAAAACGCCAACGCCUAAGAAAAUUCAGCAAUCAUAUUCAAGUGCUGAGAAAGAGUUGGAGCACCAGGAAGCGUUAAUGUCACCCAAACCCGUCAAACGUAUUCGUUCUAAACAAAUAGCAGACCCAAUCAUCACGCGAAACGUUCCAGUCGUUGUAACUAAAGAAGAGAGUUUAUCUGCAGGACAUGAACUCGCUGAUGCCAGUCAGAGAUCGGGUAGCCCAUCAGAAAACACUCAGAGUUACCCAGAAAAUUCCCCUACAAAUCAUUCUCGGAUGGGAGAAGCUAGUGAUGGUAGUAGCAAUCCGCAGACACCGUAAGAACCUCUUCGCAACUAAUUUUCCUGGUUUAUUUUCACCAGUAAUUAUUUGUUAUUGAUACCAAUCCAAACUGGAUAUAACUGACUAACUGAAAUAAAAAGUCGGUCUUAAGCUCGUGGAAUAUGUACAGUAGCUAGUGAACUGGCCAGAAGCAGAGGGAAUCAUAUUAUAAACAUAUUUUCUACACUCAACUUUCACCUUGGUGUAAAAUAGUCGAAGGAAUAAACAGCUUCUUGCUAAUCAAAUUCACCACAGUAGUGUUCUUUAUCGAAAACUUACUCCAAAAUAAGAUAUGAUUGCAUCUUUCGUAGAGAAGUUUUUGAGUAUAAUACGAAAGACCGUACAAUUAGUGGCUAUAAAUUUGGACAAUUGGCAUAUUCAAUUGUGAAUCUGAAAUUUAGUUGUUCACACUUUUAUGAUCAGAUUUUAUCAAAAGACUUUGUCAUUUAUUCUACAUGCCUGUUGUAUCAUGUAUCUUUGUCAAAAUCACGAAAAAUGAAUGGUCAAGUUUGCAGCUACUUUCAGUGGCAUAGUUUGAUCAUGUCAGUUUUGUUUUCUGCUGAAAACAGUAUCAUGAAUAAACAUUUGUAAUGUGUACCAACACUUCGUUUACGAUUUAUUAACUCUACAACUAGUCAUUCGCAACUCAAAUUAUGUUCGCAUUGCUAAAUACCAAAUAAACACUUGUGUUGAAAUGUUUUUGGAUUUCCCAUGAUUUGUUUUGUCCAUAUCUUUUGACUGAGCAUUGAAAUUUAAGCAGUAAAACUUUUAAAGACCACCAGAACAAUAUAGAGUCAGUCUUUUGUAAAUUUUGCUGAUUCUAAGUCUUGGUUUUCAUAGGGAGAUCUUUCAAGCCCAAUCUAGUCAUCAUGUCGUGUCUUCUCCUAAGGGAGAUAAAAAUUAAAGCCACUGAUAGAAUUCCAAGUUUGUAAAACAAAUUAACUACCAUAAAGGCUACAAAUUUGUAUUUAUCACCUUACAAUGAAAUCAACAUUUUCAGUGGACAUUUAUUUAGACUUUGGAUAUCAAAAUAAAUCUUAUUUGUUGAAACUUUUUUAUACAGAGAAGCUAGUGACCAGUCCGAUGGAAACCAACAAAAACUGCGAUACCGCAGUCGUUCAAUGCGAGUUGAGUCUUCUCAAUCGGACUUACCAUUGGUUGGAAAGUCUAGCCCAAUUUCCAAGAUAAAAGUUUCUGAGGAUGUUAAAGAAGCACCGAAGAAAUUAUUGCCGGAACCUGAGGCAGCAACAAGUGAACAGCCGCCUCUACCAAGGCUAGAAGGUCCAGUUAUACGAAAGCAUGAUAUGGAUCCUGGUGGAUCCUAUCAUUCAAAAAGUCACGGUCGAAGUUGGUUACCACUUUAUCUGGUUCUUGAUUCCGGUCAGUUGUUUGUUUACAAAGACCAUCAAUGUCGUCGAGAGAAACCUAACGUAUAUUAUCACAAUGAAGCACCUUUGAACUUAUUGUCAGCUAGCGCUGCUCCUGCUAUAGACUAUACCAAAAGACCGUGUAUAUUUCGUUUACGUCUUGGUGAUGGCAGUGAAUAUCUUUUUCAAACAGCGAACGAUAAUGUUCUUAACCGUUGGGUGGCAGCUAUCAAUGAAUCGGCUAAAUGUUUAACCAGCGGAGCAAGUAAACAACCAACUACCCGUUCAUUAACACUACCUAUUAGUUCUCGGAGUAAUGGACAUCGUCGUUCGAUCAAAACGUUCUUCUCUGUACGUCGUAAAUCCUAAUUAACAAGAAUUCCAAUAAACAAUGCAUAAUUAUUUCUAUAUAUAUGUUUUAUCUUUCAUGUCACUUCUAAAAGUGGUCAUUUUCAAAUUUCGCUUGUUUUUCCAUUAUGUUUCUCUGAUUUCGUUAUUCAUAUACAAAUAUAUUUCGAGGAAAUUUUCGGAAAUUUGAAAAGCUUUUGACGUCUCUUAAAAGAAAACAGUCAUUUUGUUUCAUUCCGUUUUUUUUUAAAGAUUAGACUGUAUCAGAAACUUGCUUCGCCUUUUGCUUCAGUGAUAAAAGCAUUUUUCAACUAUAUACGCGACAGAAAGAACAGUACACAUUUUAAUGUUUUUCUAAUUAGCUAAUUCACUCACUUGUUCACUAAUUUGAAUGUUGAAAAGGCUGCCUGAUACUGAACAGUGGUGCUUUAUUGAUCUGUAUGUAUUUUGAAUCAGUAUGUUUUGUUAUGUUUUGUCAAUGACUCUGAAAAGCAUAAAAUUGUUGUGAUCUUUAGUUUUAAAUAUAAACUAAAAUGAAACCAGUCUUGUACAACUUUAUUUAGGAAUUUUUGAAUUAUUUUAUUGUUUACUUGUUUUUCUUCGUUUUCAUCAAAUUUAUCGUAUAAUAAUAAUAAUGGUGAUUAAUUGUUUGCAUUCAAACAUUCACCACAUUCGUAUCAAUUGUGAAUAACACUAAUUCAACUGUGUUUUUUCUUUUUAAAACAGUAAAAGUGAUAUUAGAUAAUUAGUCUUGAACUAUCUGUAUAUGACUGACUCUAAGUUAUUCAUGACUGGUUAGAAAUGUAAUAAUGAUAAUAAUGUUUAUU